AAAGUGGUGCAGACCAAACAGCACUGAUGUGAAUAUGGUGGAACUCAGAAAAGCUGCAAAACAGUGAAGCAUGUCAGUUGUUUUCAAACUUGACCUCCUUGGCAGAUAUGAAGUCAUCUCCACUGAAGAAUACAUGAAUAGAAAAAUAUCUGUCUGGAUUUUUCAAACUUCUAAUACUUCACAUUUCAGUAAUAACUGCGAACCUCUUAUUAUUCUUCUCUGGGCCGCUUGCACACAGAAUGAUACAUACGUUCACAUUGCACAGACGCGCUCUAAUUUACGCUGACAUACAGAUGGCCCCCACUCUGAGCACAAAUGCAGCGUUACCCCAGUUCCCUGCGGUGCAGUCAGGCCUGCCGGUAAAAACCAGGGAUGCUUCAUGGCUCAACAAUCUGCUGGCUAAAUGGAAAGGCUUUUCCUGUGACCUCAAACACUCCCCUUUCUGGCUCUUUUUAGUUCACAGAUUUUAUCAGGAUUCACUUUUUGCUUGCUUUGCCUUCAUUUUUUUAAGACAUUUUUGGUUUAUUUGAGAAGACAAAAUCAAUACUUUGUGGCUUUCCUUCUCAUGUGUCAGUAAAAGUGUGAUCUCGCCUCUCCUCGUCAUUGGGAGGUUAACAGUAAAAUUAGGACGCGUGGGGAGGGCAAACUUCUACUAAAGUUUGAAGGAAAGCUGCAUUUCAGUGCAUGCGGCGUGGUUCAGUGGGUUUAUUGGGUACGAGAUAUGCUGAAUCGGAGUCCAAAAUCCAGUUUAGCCAAAAAAGCUUUUCCUGGUAUUAGAGACAUGACUUCAUGAGGAAGUGACUUGUCUCUUAGGUAGCGGGGAUUAAAAAUCAGUGAUCAGAAAAUGGAAUAAGGGCAAGUCCCGUCUGGAUCUGCACGCGAGUGCUGUCACACACAGCUGCUGGGAGAGGAGGGGAGAGGCGCCUCGCCGAAGGAGGAGAGCAGAACUCCAAAUGGAAGAGCAGAUCAGCUGGAUUCGGUGAAAUAUGCCGUUUCAGCAGGAGGUGGGAGCGCUUGCAAAAUUGAAUCCAGCCAGGUGGCAUUAUUUUGCACUUAAAAAAAGAAAAAACAGGAAGGGGGGGUUUAAUAUGGAGAGGACGGAUGGGGAUCAGGGUGCAGAGGGGAACUUUCCUCCAAAGGGUGUCAAAGAAGGAAGUAAAUUGGGUGUCAGAAAGCACUAAGGAGCUGAAGGCAGUCAGCUCCCACAUGGGUGGGUGCUUGCUUUUUCAACUUCUGAGACAAUGUCCCUUUAAAAAGCCCCACGUCUGGAAAGCCCAUUAGAUGUGCAUAUAAAAUUUCCCCCGUGAUUAAUAGUUGAUGAGGAAGGGUUGUUUGGAGGGUACCACCAACAUGUGGCCAGCAGGCUCCUCCCCUGCAGGCUCGGGUUUCACUCCAUAAACUUGCCACUCUUUCCCACCUAUAUGUUUAAAAAAAAGGAGGAGGGUUCGCUUGUCAAGAAUGCCUCAGAGGAGUUGUGAAAACAGCCAGCCCAAAAAAAAAAAAAAAAAAAAGAGGAGGGGGUCAUGCAGUUGCAGAUGAAGCUCUCACGCUGAGCCACAGCCAGUCAGAGCCUUGAGGGAAAGAGGUGUGAGAAGGACUCAGAGAAAGUGUGUCUGGGCCAGACGUCACGCUCACUCCCACUGAGACGUGGAAGCGCGGCGCCACAGGAAGGCGUUCGUCCUAACGCGUUCUGAGCUGUGGAAAAGUCAGCAGCAUCAGGCAGACACCUUCUCCAAAAGCUGCUUUGCUCAAGAGCAAAGGUUUUGCAUCGCCAUGGACCAGCCGGCCAGCAGCUGCAUGCGGAGCGCCCAUCCCGGCGGCCCCAUCUGGGGCUGCAUGAGGAACCCGCACUCCGGGGUCCCCGGAGCCAACCUGCAGUCUCCUUACCAGCAGGCCCCUUUCGCCCUCCACCAGAAGCCCGACUUCCUGGCUUACACGGACUUCUCCAGCUCCUGCCUGGUGCCGGCCGUGCCGCACGCCGCCUACCCGCGCGACGACAGACUCUACCAAGAGAGCCCCGGAGGCUAUCAGAGAGCCGACUGGCAGUUCAACCCCUGUGAGACCAGGGCGCGGGCGCCCGAGGCCUGCCCACCUGUGGCUCCGGCCGUGGUUAGCGGAGGCGGAAGUGGCGGGCAGGAACUGGACAACGGAGGGGGCGACAGGCUGCCGGGAGGCGUUUCCACGUGCCUGGAGGGAGAGUACUCACCGCAGAGCGUGGCAUCGGCCGAUUCCGACAAGAAGAGCUCCAGUAAGAGGAAGAGAGACAUCACAGAUAUCCAGGAUUCAGGAUUUAAGGUGGAUUCCAGCUGCAAAGCCAGGAAGGAGCGCACGGCGUUCACUAAGGAGCAGCUGAGGGAGCUGGAGGCCGAGUUCACCCACCACAACUACCUGACACGACUGCGGCGCUACGAGAUCGCCGUGAACCUGGACCUCACAGAGAGACAGGUGAAAGUUUGGUUUCAGAACAGACGGAUGAAGUGGAAGCGAGUGAAGGGAGGACAGUCGGCUUCGCCCAACGACCUCGAAAACGAUGAUAUAGACUCAGCCGCCUCCCCCAGCUCUGAAUAAACCAACACAAAUGAUGCAACUGGACAACUUUUGUUUAUUUCUCUGGAAAACUGCCCUUCAGGAGACUUUUCAAAUUCCCAGGAAGACUGUUAAGUGUUGUAUAUAAUAUAAGAAACUUAAUUUUGAUGUUUUUCUUCCUCCCUAUUUUUACAUUGUUGACUGUGUUUCAAUGCUGUUGAAACUUGCAGUCAUUGUGGAGAAAGUCUAUGCAGCAGUUUGUUUUUAUGUGUGGGGAUGACAGAUCUACGGUGGCCCUGAAGUGCAAAUCACACUAACGAAUCACAAAAACAUAUUAAAGAUCACAACGAUGAUUGACAAAAGCUAACAAAUAAUAAAAAAACAUAACAUUUAGAAGUAAAAAUAAAAUAUCAGAAAUGGAGACACAAUUCCAAAAUAAUGUAACCAAAAUUCAGUAAAGUAAUCAAAAUGAAAUGUGAAACCAGAAAAAGUACUCUAAGACAUUGCUGAUUGUAUGGCUAUUAGGGCGGGGCAACACUGAGCAUUUGGGUAUCGCUGCGAUAUAUUGGUUAAUAUUGUCAUAAUCGAUACCAACAUGGAUAUUUUUUGUAAAUGUGGUCGAUUUGACACGAACCUCAAAAUCUCAAUUGUUUUCAAUUGCGUGAAUGUUUUUUUUUGUAGGCUUCCCUUUUUUUUAAAUUAUUUG